CGCCGUGGUUGCCGGGGACGCCUCGCAGCAGUGCUUGGAGGGCCGCGCUGACUGCCGUGUGCUGAGCUCCUGUGCUGCUGCUGCUGCCCCUGGCCCCGCCGCCCCGUGCCCCGUGCCCUGCCCCAUGCCCUGCCCCGCCGCGGACACUGAUCGCUCGGGAGACACAUCCAUCAUGAGCAUUACAAGUGAUGAGGUGAACUUCCUGGUCUACAGGUACCUUCAGGAGUCAGGCUUUUAUCAUGCAGCCUACGUGUUUGGGAUCGAGUCGCACAUAUCACAGUCUAACAUUAAUGGCGCGCUGGUGCCCCCCGCGGCGCUACUCAGCAUCAUACAGAAGGGCCUGCAGUAUACUGAAGCAGAAAUCAGCAUUGGGGAGGAUGGCACAGAGAGGCUCAUCGACAGCCUCUCCCUGAUCGACGCGGUGAUGCCUGACGUGGUGGCCUCCAGGCAGCAGCAGAACCAGCAGCCCAAAGCCGUCGUCAAGACUGAGAUUCCCAGCACCAAUGGGGAUGAGGUUCCUCCCGCAGGCACGACGGGGGAGAACAUGGAGGUGGACAACAGCGUGGAGAUCCCCCUCAACAAAGCCACCAUCCUGCGGGGCCACGAGAGCGAGGUCUUCAUCUGCGCCUGGAACCCCACCACGGACCUUCUGGCUUCAGGGUCAGGUGAUAGCACGGCGCGUAUAUGGAACAUGAAUGACAGCACCACGUCCCCCAACCAGCUGGUCCUGCGGCACUGCAUCCAGAAGGGCGGCACGGAGGUCCCCAGCAACAAGGACGUCACCUCGCUAGACUGGAACUGUGACGGCACCUUGCUGGCCACGGGUUCCUAUGAUGGCUACGCAAGGAUCUGGAUGACGGACGGGCGGUUAGCGUCCACGUUAGGCCAGCACAAGGGACCCAUCUUUGCCCUCAAGUGGAACAAGAAAGGCAACUACAUCCUCAGUGCUGGAGUGGACAAGACCACCAUCAUCUGGGACGCAUCCUCGGGCCACUGUACGCAGCAGUUUGCCUUCCACUCGGCCCCAGCCCUCGAUGUGGACUGGCAGACCAACACCUCCUUCGCCUCCUGCUCCACGGACCAGUGCAUCCAUGUGUGUCAGCUGGGCCAGGACAAGCCCAUCAAAUCCUUCCAGGGACACACCAAUGAGGUCAACGCCAUCAAGUGGGACCCCCAAGGCAACCUGCUGGCGUCCUGCUCAGAUGACAUGACCCUCAAGAUCUGGUCAAUGCGACAGGACACAUGCGUCCAUGACCUCCAGGCACACAGCAAAGAGAUCUACACUAUCAAGUGGUCGCCGACAGGGCCCGGCACCAACAACCCUAACAUGAACCUCAUCUUGGCUAGCGCCUCGUUUGACUCGACCGUGCGGCUGUGGGACGUGGACCGGGGUGCCUGCAUACACACCCUCACCAAGCACUCGGAACCUGUCUACUCGGUGGCCUUCUCCCCCGACGGAAAGUUCCUCGCGUCGGGGAGCUUCGAUAAGUGUGUCCAUAUAUGGUCCACACAGUCCGGCCAGCUGGUGCACAGUUACAAAGGUACAGGUGGCAUCUUUGAGGUCUGCUGGAACUCCCGAGGGGAUAAGGUCGGUGCCUCGGCCUCCGACGGCAGUGUGUUCGUCCUCGACCUCCGCAAGUAGCUGAGUUGUCCUGCUGCCGCCGUCGUUCGUGUCGGCGUGUGUGUGUGUGUCUCGGACUUGUCAGAGACUCUACUACUACUGCUGCUACCACGUGUUUGCUCUUUAUUCCCCUGUUCGGGACUUGGACGGAAGCCACGUACACUGAGUCUUUUUUAAUAAUUUUUUAAGUAAAUCCGCACGCCGCAGCAAGGUGAAGAAUAUCCACGCUGAAGUAAACUUUCCAGAAACCUCCGCCACGUGCUCGGAAGAAACCUGACCAAGUGUGCGUUAACAGGCUGAUGAUUCGGUACUUUAUACGACUACUGCUGCUACUACUACAGCUGCAACUACUAAAACAAUUCAUGUCAAAAGCAAGCAAGCAGUGAUAAAGGUUCAGUGACUUAGAGUGAGAGAAAAAAAUAGCUCUGAAAACAAGACUAACAUUGUGAUGAUACCCCCCAAUUUUUUUCUUUUAUUGAUCUGUAAUUGUUUCCCUCUUCACCACAUCAGUUUAGGUUGGUUUUGUCCCAUGGUCUCCCUAAUAGGCAAACAUUCCUCUAUUGGACUCUAUUCGUAUGAGUUUCAUUUGAACAAACACUUACUACAAUAAGGAUUCUCAGUUUCAUUUUAUUUUUAUCAUUUUCAUUUGCUCUCGCGGUGCAGUGGCUGUCUGUCUGUCUUCUGACGUGUGGUGGAGUGGUGGUGAUGGAGCCAACGUACCUCUGGGUGGUGUAGAUGUUGCUGUUGGCUGGAGGAGGAGGAGGAGGAGGAAAGCAGUGGAGGCCUGGAGGAGGCAGUGGUGGCCCAGGCUCCCCCUGGUGUGUGCCCAGUAACGGGGUGAAGGGCAUUAGUUGUGGUCCUGUACAAGUUUUCUCAGAGUGUCGUCAGGUUGGUCUGCAGUGAUGGUGUGUAUGAAUGUUUGUGUGUGUGUGUGUGUGUGUGUGUGUGUCCUGAUGAGUGCCCAGAGCUGGGUGCCGAGAGACGAGGAUUUUAUGAUAUUCUUAAUUAAUAUACAUUUUUUUUCUUGUCCCCAGAAUCAGUAUACUAUAUCAAGAUUUUUUUUUACAUACGUAUUUUUAAGUGUACGUUAUCUUGUUUUUUAUUCACUUAAUGAUGUCUAAUUAUUUAUAAUAAAUGAAUGAUGUAAGUGUUGUGUAAUAUGUAUGUUAUUUUCUGUCAACUUUCCUUUUCAUCUUCCGCACCCACAAACACUUUAAUUGCUCCUCUCUCUACAAUUAUUAUAAUACUUAUCCAGGUAUAAGUACUUUGCUUCCAUCGUCAUCUUCAAAUGGUUUUCUUCUACUUUCUUCUUCGUCAUUUGGGGUUGGCAAGCCUGAUGCUCUCUUGCUGACAUCUUCCUGACACAGGCGACACAAAAGUCCCUCCACUGUCACUCCUUUCUAAUGCACAGAUGCAUCAUUUUUCUCUCCUUGCUUCUUUGCUCUCCUCACCUCCCAUCUGUAAGGUUUGGUGGAAAGCUUGCCUCUCCAGUAUUCAUAUCAUCAUCCAUUCCAUGAGUUCCUUCCCGCAUGUCCCCAAGCUGUCCCUGCAAGGCUGUGGGUGUGUCGUACGUAGCUCCAGACUAACCCAAGUAACAGUUUGGUCCUCGUUGAGCCCAGUGAACAAAGAGGCUGGAGUUUGCACCAUUUUUGUGCCAUUCUGAUUUUAUUUUCCAUUUUUUGUUCAAUCAGGGAUCUCUCCAGUGACUUCUUUGUGUUCUUUUCCUCUGUAAAUGAUUAAUUGCAUGUGUUCUCACUGCCUCAAGUGAAGUGCUUGUUGCUUGGUAAAAUGAUUGCAUUGGUUCUUGUUUGUCCCAAUGAUGGUGAUGAUGUCUUCCCUCAGUGCUGACCUUGAUUUUUCCGCUUCCCUUCACCUCGGCAUGUGUCCAGCCACACUAACUAAACAGAAGUCCUUGGUUGACCCUUGAAGUGCCUGCUGACCAGUAAAAGUUAAGAGGAAUCCUCACAAUCAUUGCUGCGCACGCUGAUGUUUAUGUAUUUUCUAUGAGACGGUAACCAUUAAUAUUCCUAAGAGGUACUGUGUCAGACUUAUCAUUAGAGUAUAUUAUGUGGUUAAGGUUGACGGGUAUUUGCAUAAACAUGAUAAAUAAGACUGAUUUUCUCCUGCAAUGUUUCCAUACAGGCCUUCCUUUCCUUUUUAAUAUUUCAUGAAUCAUUUGAAUUAUGAUUAAUGAAGAGGCCUCUUCCUGUAUUUGCUGGGAUGACGAGCUGUGUUCUAAUGUGAAGCUAUUACAUUAGCACAGCAUAGUUUUCCUCUCCUCUCUGCCUAGUGUUCCUUGAGUGCUCUUGAUUGAUCUGUUGUGGUAUUGCAUUUUAUAUAUUAGCUGUAUCCUGUUGUGUCACGUUUUAUGGUUUAUUUAGGUCAAAGCUGCACUCCCUCUCCACCCUUUUAUCUCCCCUCCACCCUCUCCUUCCCACCUUGCUCCCUGGCUGUUCGUCCCCUUGACACACCUGCCAUCGCCUCACACACACCUCCCUGCACCUCUCUUUACAUUCUUUCCAAUAGUAUUAAUAUUUUUUUAGGUUAAUUUAUGGAAAAGAAUUUAUAUCUUUAAGUUGAUGAAGGAGUAUGUGCAAGCUGAAGACCUGCAAUAUUUAUAACUUCAGAGUGCAAAAUUACUUAGGACAGUGAAGGAGUUAUACUACAGUACUAUUUUAUGCAAUUAUCACAGUAUGUUGAUUUCCUGUACAGAAUGGUUUGGCAGGAAGUAAGUACUGGCAUAAAUAUAUAUUAAAAAUUUUAAAACCUGCAACAGAAUAUUGUCACAAAUUUAUAUAUCUUUUUUGAAGUUUCCUUCCUACUACAGAAAACUAACUUUGUACCUACCAUAAUUUUAGAAUGAAGGAGGAUAAGGCAAGACACUUUUCUUUGUAACCUUGAUGUCCGGUACACUUCAGCUCCUCAGGUGGUGACAAAAUAAUUGAUUCCUUUUAUGAUUCAUGCUGUCUUGAUAUGUCACAGCAUGUCAGCUUGUGUGUGUGUGUGUGUGUGUGUGUGGAUGGAUGGGUGGAUGGCUGCAUGUAAGGCCGUGUGCAUGUGUCAGCAUAAAGCAUCUUUCUGCAUUUGGCAUUAUUCUAACUAAGUAUUAUAUUUUACCCUAUGAUUUUAAAGGCUCUGCAAGUAAUCCACAUGAUGCCAUUGUUCCCUGGAGGGACUUCCAUUGAGGGGGAAAGUGGAUAUGGCAGCAGUGUCUUCAAUUUUCCCUAUUUAUACACUUUUUACAACAAUCACCCCCACCCCUCCCACAUGUAUUCUUUAAUCAUUUCCAUCAACCUAAAGUGAAGGAUACAUGUUGUUUUGCAAAGGUUUCUCCGUAGGAAUGACUUGCAGACAUUUUCAGGGACAAUGACAGUACAACUCAGAGUGACUUCCUUCUUUAUUCAUCCAUUUAUAAGCCACCAGCACAGACACUAGGAACUGUGGGGGUAAUACUCAUACAAAUGUCUUUUUUGUGGAGCUCAUUUCCAUCCUUUGAGUCUGUAAUGGGUUAUGACCAUGAGACUAGGCUGGAACAAUGGAUUAUCAUACAAAGAUUUUCUUAAAUAUAUAUUUUUUCUAAGUGCUGGCCUACAGUGGCAGUGGGAUGUCUUCUGAGUCUUGCAGUGUGGUGUGAUCCAGUCAGAUUUUCUGUGAUCUUUUUGGAAUAUAUAUGCACAACAGAACAAAACACCUAUGUGCAAGGAGUUCUGUGUUUCUAAAUUGUUAGGGGCUUUGUGGUGCAGUGGUUAGCACACUCGGCUCACAACCAAGAGAACCCAGGUUCGAUUCCCAGGCAGAGUGGAAAAUUUUGGGCGGCUUUUCCAAGACCCUAUGCCCCUGUCCACCCAGCAGUGAAUGGGUACCAGGUAUUAAUCGGGGCUUGUAUCCCGUCUCCUGGGAUCUGUUCCCUUCUCCUAUAAUUCCUUCCCCUUCUGUCUCUCUCCGGCAUAUGACCACAGAUGUUGUGCCGACUUAAUGAAACUUUCCAAACUUUCCUUUCUAAAUUGUUUUCCAGUCAUGUAUCUCCCUCCACAUAUAAACUACCUCAAUUCUUUGGCUUUGCUGAAGAAAAAACUUAUAAAUGGAUAAAUGAAUACUGACACACAUUGCACACAUGAGUGGUAUGGUACAGCAAGGCCAUCUGUCUUCUGAACACUUGGUGGAGCUUCAUAGAAAUACAAAACCCUGCUGAAAAUAUAUCUACAUAGUAGUGUAUAAAACCCUCGCCUGUCACCCAGUACAAAUACAUUACUGAACACUAUAUAUGGUUAGAAGACGCUGUGGUCAGACAAAGUGCUCGGUGCAGACCUUGAACAUUAGAGCAUCGUGGAGUGCUUUUUCGGGCUAUACAUUGUGGCAGCAGAGAACAGUGACUGCCUUGAUCUAGGUACACCCAACACCCCACCAGUGCACAGGCUGUCUGCUCAGCAUACACACCUCAAGAAUUGCACAUGCAUCACACAUACCAUACGCAUAAAAAUGAAAGACAUAUUGACAUCCAUUACACUAGCAACAAAGUAUAGGCCUAGUCAAAGAUACAGGUGAUCUAGCUCAUACAAAAUUGAUAAAAAGAGAUGUGACAAAUAUGAAUGAACUACACAAGCGCCUAAAAUCUGUGCAGGUCAAGUGGGUGAGCGGAACCCUGAGAGCUGCUUGACGCACACAAAGAAUACUGGACACACGAUGUUACACAAUUUGUACGCACCAUUUGAAUUAGUUUUCGUAUCUCGGGAAAACCAAAAAAUACUGUAAAAAUUCAGCUCUUCUUUCUCGUUUGUCCUUAUUCUUCCCUUAUUUAAAAUUCAGUUGGGGGUGUGAAAAUAAGCUACUGCUGUCAAAUGUAGGAAUAUUUAUCAAUCUUUAGUUUGGGAAUGUCAUUUUCACACCUUGGUUUCCAGUUAUUUUUUCCCCUAUGAUCACUAAUUGGAAAUGUGUACAAAUGGUAAACAUACCCUACUGUGAUUCCUCAACCCUUUUCUCGCUUUUAAAUGCUAAUAACAGACAUUCUUACACAUACCUAAAAAUAUUAACAUAAUCUUCAUUUCCAAAUGAUAAUGAGGUUGCAAUUGUACAAGAAGUUUACAGUGUUGCAUAAAUAAGUGCUGUGAGAGUCAAACCCAUUUCUCAGUAACUGAAAGAAGCACAGGCCAAAAAAAUGUACAAGCAAUGUAGAUUCAUCUUCAUAAAUACUAUAAGUUGCCAAAAAUGAGAGGGAAAGUGGUGAAUGCUGCUUCCAUUACUGACAAUAAUCUCUGUAAUGAAGCAAAGCCUUGGAGCAAUUCUUUGUGAUGACAAAAUGAAGAAAAAAUGUGAGAUUAAAGCUGCAAAUUGAGAAAAAAAGACAGAGAGAAAGAGA